AUGGCGGCCCGGGAAGAGCAACCGACCCCGCCACGGGCUGAGUCGGCGCCGGGGGCCGGGCAGCCGGUGGAGAGCUUCCCGCUGGACUUCACGGCCGUGGAGGGCAACACGGACAGCUUCAUGGCGCAGGUCAAGAGCUUGGCGCAGUCGCUAUACCCCUGCUCGGCUCAGCGGCUCAACGAGGAACUGCGCCUGCAUCUCCUGCGCAACACGUCGGUGACCUGCAACGACGGCACACCUGCGGGCUAUUACCUGAAGGAGUCCAAGGGGAGUCGCCGGUGGCUGCUCUUCCUGGAAGGCGGCUGGUACUGCUUCAACCGCGAGAACUGCGACUCCCGCUACGACACCAUGCGGCGCCUCAUGAGUUCCAAGGAUUGGCCGCACACUCGCACAGGCACAGGGAUCCUGUCUUCCCAGCCAGAGGAGAAUCCGCACUGGUGGAAUGCAAACAUGGUCUUCAUUCCCUACUGCUCCAGUGACGUGUGGAGCGGGGCGUCCUCCAAGUCUGAUAAGAAUGAGUACGCCUUUAUGGGUGCUCUCAUCGUCCGGGAGGUGGUGCGAGAGCUGGUGGGCAAAGGUCUGAGCAGUGCUCGGGUGCUGCUGCUGGCUGGGAGCAGUGCCGGGGCCACGGGCGUGCUGCUGAACGUGGAUCGCGUGGCCGAGCAGCUGGAGGAGCUGGGGUACUCGGCCAUCCAGGUGCGCGGUCUGGCCGACUCGGGCUGGUUCCUAGACAACAAGCAGUACAGGCACACCGACUGUGUGGACACCAUCACCUGCGCACCCACCGAGGCCAUCCGCCGAGGCUUCAGGUACUGGAAGGGUAUGGUCCCUGAGCGCUGCGGGCACCAGUUCAAGGAGGGCGAGGAGUGGCACUGCUUCUUCGGAUACAAGGUUUACCCCACACUGCGCAGCCCGGUGUUCAUCGUUCAGUGGCUAUUUGACGAGGCUCAGCUCACAGUAGACAACGUGCACCUCACUGGGCAGCCGGUGCAGGAGGGUCAGUGGCUGUACAUCCAGAACCUGGGCCGCCAGCUGCGGGACACCCUCAAGGAUGUGACGGCCAGCUUUGCUCCUGCCUGCCUCUCUCACGAGAUCAUCCUCCGCAGCCACUGGACAGAUGUCCAGGUGAAGGGCAUCUCGCUGCCCCGCGCGCUGCACUGCUGGGACCGGAGCUUCCAGGACAGCCAUAAGGCCAGUCGAGCACCCCUGAAGGGCUGCCCCUUCCACCUGGUGGACAGCUGCCCUUGGCCCCACUGCAACCCGUCGUGCCCCACCAUCCGGGACCAGCUGACCGGCCAGGAGAUGACCGUGCCGCAGUUCCUCAUGCACAUGGGCUUCGACGUGCAGAGCGUGGCCCAGCAGCAGGGUCUGGAGCCCAGCAAGCUGCUGGGCAUGCUGAGCAGCGGGAGCUAAGGGCCCAGCCGCGGCCCCCCCGCUCCUGCCCUGCCCCGCGCUGCCUCCAGGCAGCCCUCCCUGCUGACCGACUGCCUCCCCCAGCCUCUAGCCCACCGAGGGGGGCCGGAAGCACUGGAUUCCUCAGCCCAGAGGCCCCUCGCAGCUGCCCUAGCCUCUCUCCUUGCCUCCUUGUAUGAUUUUAUAAAGUGACUUUUUUUAUUACUGUAAUUUUUACUGUAAUUUUUAAAAAGGAAAAUAAGCAAGAAA